CUAUUCAAAUUUAACGAAUUGUUGGAAACGACUAAAGAUGAGGGCGAAGACACCACUAAUGGGGUAGUGAUUGACACGAGAAGUCUUCGGGAGCUGUGUUUCGAAGUCGGCUGUCCUGAUGACCAGAAACAC